AUGGAGUCCUUUCAAGAUCCCAAAUUUGUUUUGCAUCGAACAAAAUUUUUUCUUUAUAUUACAUUACAACUUCCAGCUGUUGCCAUUACUGUAUUGAUUUUUGCAUUUCUUCUUAAGCAUCGAGCAGCAUUGAAGCUUCUACAAAAUCAAGCACUCCUAGUUUUGAUGAUUAUCAAUUUUCUUGAAUUAGUAGUCGAUAUGCCAAUGCCCAUACAUUACUAUUACUUGGGCUAUGUUGAUCCAGCAACACCCGGCUAUUGUACAUGGUGGACAUAUUGUGAGUAUAGUCUUCAUUUAAUUAGUGAACUAAUUGUGGCUACCAUGGCUAUUCAACGACAUGCGCUCAUAUUUCAAGCAAAUGCAUUUCAUAGUCGUCUCAAACUGUUCGCAUUGUACUAUGCUCCUCUUGCACUAUGCAUUGCUUAUCCAAUUAUUUUGUAUAUCGGCAUUAUUAUUUUAUAUCCAUGUGAUGGCACUCAAUGGGAUUAUACAGCUAAUUUAUGUGGUUAUGCUAAUUGUUAUCUUGUCUACAAUAAAGCCUUGGGUACAUAUGAUUGGACAAACAAUGGUUUACCAGCUAUUGUAAUUUUCUUGGCUAAUAUGCUACUGAUUAUGCGAGUUGUGAGACACAGAAGUCGUCUCCAACAAGGCUAUUCAUGGAAAAAACAACGACGUAUGACAUUGCAACUACUGAGCAUUUCAACUCUGUAUUUAAUUGGAUGGGUACCUAGUCUUGUUAUAGGUAUUACCCAAAUAUUCACUUCUCCAGCAUUUUUGGCUAAUAUUCAAACAGAUUAUACUCUUGAUUUCAUGUAUAUCAUGUGUUUGUUUUCACCUUGGAUUUACAUCAUGCUAUUGCCAGAAUUAACUAAAUGGAUCAAAUCGUCAGUACAUCGUGGAAGAGUAACAACAAAUACAGCUGGAACUACUUGA